AUGACUGAAACUUCACCGGACGAACCCAGUCCUAAUCGCAAGGACUUUAUUUGCGGGGUUGUUGAAGGCUUUUACGGACGACCGUGGACUACGGAACAAAGGAAAGACUUGUUUCAAAAAUUAAAAAAAUGGGGCAUGGACAUGUAUGUCUACGCUCCGAAAGACGACUACAAGCACCGAGCCUACUGGAGAGAGUUGUAUACUGUGGAGGAGGCUGAACAUCUGACCUCACUGAUAUCCGCUGCAAAGGCUCAGGGCAUAAUAUUCUGUUACGCACUGUCUCCCGGACUGGAUAUUACGUACAGUAGUCAAAAGGAAAUAACUACUUUGAAAAGGAAAUUGGAACAGGUGUCCCAAUUUGGCUGCACAUGUUUCGCUCUCCUCUUCGAUGACAUUGAGCCGGAAAUGAGUGAGGCAGAUAAACAGAUCUUCCAGAGCUUUGCACACGCUCAAGUGUCAGUAACGAACGAGAUCCACCAGCACCUUGGCUGCCCCCGCUUCCUCCUGUGUCCGACCCAGUAUUGUUCGACGCGCGCGGUGCCCACCGUCAACAGCUCUGAGUAUCUGAACACGCUCGGCACUAAACUCUCGCAGCAGAUCGAUAUUAUGUGGACUGGUCCCAAAGUGAUAUCCAAAGUACUAACAACAGAAGCGAUAGAGGAGAUCACACAGGUGCUACGGAGACCACCUGUCAUCUGGGACAACCUACACGCUAACGAUUAUGACCAGAAACGAAUCUUUUUGGGUCCAUAUUGCGGACGUUCUCCCGAGUUGAUCCCGCUACUCCGCGGUGUACUAACAAACCCGAACUGCGAGUAUAACGCCAACAUGAUCCCGAUCUGGACGCUCGCGCACUGGGCCAGCUGCAGUCUGGAUGCUCCUGCGCAUAUGGAAGCUGUUUCCUGGGACAUCAAAUUGGAAAGAGAAAGCGAACAAGGCGUGUGUGAAGACGAAGCACCUCUCACUCUAGGCAAACACGUGUAUCAUCAUCGACAAGCUCUGAGACAAGCGAUCAACGAAUGGCUACCAGAGUUUUCCAUUCCAAAGUCUGCUACAGGUCCCGUGAUUAAGCCCCAGCCUACCAUCACAGUACCACCAGUGCCGAUCAUCCCGAUCCUGCCAUCAGUGAACACGUGCAUGUCUCUAGUGACGGCCACCAGCAAUACUUCGACCACCAGCACGGCAGACAUGGCCCCCGCCAUACCCACCGUCAAUACUUCGCAGUUACAGGCACUCGCUGAUGGAUGUUCGGCGGCUAAUGAUCGCCCUAUACUGUCUACUAGGGUAUCACCAAUCGAAACAUUCAACCCCGUACCGAACCCAGUAAUGAACUCCCUAGUAUCCCCAACAAAAGUUAUCCUAAACGAAUCUAUCCCCAAUCCGAUAAUCCCCAUAGCGAGUUCAAACAUAUCAUUACCUUCGGAAAUCCCCGUUUCGACCCUCCCCGUCCCAAUCCUAGGUUUGAAAGCAUUAGAAGGGAGUGAGAACAAGAAUAAUCAUGAAAUGGAUAAAUCAGAUAAUAGUAAUGAUACAUUACUAACGGAUAGUAUUUUGGAGACCAGCUUUGACAUGAAGAAAGAUAAGGAAGGAGAAGAUGGUGACCAGAUCAUUGUUGAUGAUGUGGAUCCUCCUGCGGAACAGAGGAACGGGGAGAUGAGUGUUGGUGACACACCUCAAACGUUAAGUCCGAGUCGUCACACUGAGCCCGGAGUGGAGCCGCUCGAUGUGGACCCUCCGUCCACUGCUGCCACUGAUCCUGACGUCAUCAUGAACGAUGGAAUGAGUGAGAAUGGGUCGAUGCAAGUAGAACCGAGUCAUAGUCCUCUCAGUACAGAUAUGAUGGUGGAACCGGCUGAACCCACAGAAACCGUUGACGAGCCCGUGGACAACGAAGAUCCUUCAAUAGAUCCCAAUGCGUUAGUGCCAGAUGAUCUGCUAUUACUAUGUGAUCUCUUCUACCUGCCAUUUGAACAUGGAUCCCGUGGUCUAAGACUGUUACAUGACUUCAACUGGUUGACUACGCAUGCGGCGAGUCUACUGCCUAGAGGGAAUAAGCCUGAGACGAGUGAAUGGCGUCGUCGGCGAAGUAGGUUCGCAUGGUGGGUGUGUCGCACCCGGCGGCUGGCGCGGCGGCUGGCGGCGGCGCAGAACCAGGAGCUGCAUGCAGAGCUGCAGCCGUACGUCUGGGAACUUUGCGCUGUACUGGCGCUACUGGACGGGUUCCUGCGGUGGCUUGAACUCGGCAAAUAUCCUCAAAACAUUGCGAAUAACACUCAAGGAAGCUACACAUGGUUCUCGAAAGGCUGGCGUGAGGCGUUCGAAAGUGGUGCUCAAGAGCCCUGGGUCUUCCGAGGUGGACUUACAGCAGAUUUAAGAAGAUUGUUACCAGUGGAAUGUACCAGCGAUGCGUUGAGGACGUUACCUCCUCCCACUAUACUACCACUGACGAUUAGACCUUAUUCAGCUGCUGAUGAAGAAGCGGUAUGCGCGAUAUGCCACAAGACGUGUCGAGAUGGAUCUGACUGCAGCGACCUCUUUCCUAGCGACCUGCAAACUUUACCAGCGGACAGGCUAGUAGCCCCAUUCCUGACACUAUACCCCGAGCUAUGCAUGGUGAUAGAGGACGACGAGGAGUGCGUGCCGCAGGAGGUGGACCCUUCAGGAGACGAUGAUGAAAAACGAACCACUGAACCUAGAGUCAACGGUGUGAAACCCGAGAUAGUAGGCUACGCCUGCGCAGUGCUGAACAGCAAAGAGUUCUACAAGCGACAGGAGGUCGCCUGGAUACCUGAGAUGUGUAACAAGUACCCGGAACAACUCACUGAGAGACAGGACCUUAGUCAGGCUGCCAAGGAGUGCGUCCGCCACUUCCACCAGUUCGGCGCGGCGUGCGUGGCGCCGGAGGGCGUGGCCCGCGCACACCCCGCCCUGCUCACGUGCUGCGUGCUGCGCCACUGUCGCGACCCGCUCGCGCCCGCCCGCCUGCUCACUUGUCUACUGGCCGCGCUGCGGGCGCACGGAGCUAGCGGCGUCCACGCAUGUAUAAACGCGACAGACCACUACCUGCACCAGUUCUACAGCAAGCUCGGCUUCGUGGAGCUGCACCGCGGCACUGCGGGCCGCCUGUACCUGGCGCGCGCCUUCUAG